AUGCUUCAGGAAUAUUUCAGCAAGGUAAAGAUGCUUUCUGUGGAUGUUCUCCAUUUCUCCUGCACGCGUUUACAGUGUCAGUUGCUUUCUUUGCAUAGGCAAUAUAUCCUAUGGGUCUCCUCUGUGAUUCAGAGUGAUUCUGCAGGAAAAGCUUGUCUCCACCUCUUAAGACUUAAUGAAUCUGUAUCCUUGAGUGUCGUCUUAGAAUAUGAUGGAUCCAAUACCACUAUUUUUGACCAGUUUGUGGAAGAGGAUAACUUCUAUGCUUGUGCAGAUUUCAAGGUCUCUCAGAAGUCAUCUGAACAGUUGGCUUUUAUUACCUUGCUGGCUAAGGGAGCUACUCAUCAAAUCUCUGAGAGAAGAUCUGUAGCAGUCAUUGCAGAGGAGAAGGCAACCUUUAUACAGACAGAUAAACCCAUCUAUAAAUCGGGAGAGAAAGGUAAGUAAAUAUUUGUGUUUCCUUAUAGAAGUAAUAAUGAAUCUGAUAACCUAGUUCAGUUUCGCAUUGUGACCCUGGAUACCAAGUUCAAGGCUGUUGAAGAUUUGUAUCCUUUAAUCAUAGUUCAGGAUCCUCAAAACAAUCGGAUUUUUCAAUGGCAAAAUGUGACUUCUUUCCGAAAUAUUACCCAACUCUCAUUCCAAUUGAUUUCGGAACCAAUGUUUGGAGAUUACUGGAUUGUUGUGAAAAAAAACUCAGGGAAGACAGUGACACACCAAUUUGCUGUUAAAAGAUAUGUGUUGCCCAAGUUUGAAGUUACGGUCAGUGCACCACAAACAGUAACUAUUUCAGAUGAUGAAUUCCAAGUGGAUGUUUGUGCUAAGUACACCUUUGGCCAACCUGUGCAAGGGAAAACCCAAAUCCGGGUGUGCAGAGAGUAUUUUUCUUCAAGCAAUUGUGAGAAAAACGACAAUGAAAUAUGUGAGCAAUUUAUUGCACAGUUGGAAAAUGGUUGUGUUUCUCAAAUUGUAAAUACAAAAGUCUUCCAACUCUACCGUUCUGGAUUAUUCAUGACAUUUCACGUUGCUGUAAUUGUUACAGAAUUUGGAACAGGUGUACAGAUCGGUGAGAAUACUUCAGUUUUUAUCACUCAAUUGCUGGGAACUGUAAACUUUGAGAACAUGGAUACUUUCUACAGAAGAGGGAUUUCUUAUUUUGGAACUCUGAAAUUUUCAGGUCCCGAUAAUGUACCUAUGGUGAACAAGUUGUUGCAACUGGAGCUGAAUGAUGAAUUCAUAGGAAAUUACACUACAGAUGAGAAUGGCGAAGCUCAAUUUUCCAUUGACACUUCAGACAUAUUUGACCCAGAGUUCAACCUAAAAGCCACAUAUGUUCGACCUAAGAGCUGCUAUCUUCCCAGCUGGUUGACGCCUCAGUACUCGGAUGCCAGCUUCUUAGUCUCGCGCUUUUACUCCCGAACCAACAGCUUCCUGAAGAUUGUUCCUGAACCAAAGCAGCUUGAAUGUAAUCAGCAGAAGGUUGUUACUGUGCUUUACUCCCUAAACAGUGAAGCAUAUGAGGAUGAUUCCAAUGUAAAGUUCUUCUAUUUGGUGAGUCUCAGUCAUGAUCCAGGAAACUCUCGGCAUUUUAUCUGUUCGUCUCCUAUUUACACAGCCUGGAAUGGAAACUUCUCAUUCGCAAUCAACGUCAGUGCUGAUCUGGCUCCUGUGGCUGUCCUGUUUGUCUACACCCUUCACCCCAGUGGGGAAAUUGUGGCUGACAGUGUCAGAUUCCAGACUGACAAGUGCUUUAAACACAAGGUUAACAUAAAGUUCUCUGAAGAGCAGGGCCUACCAGGCUCCAAUGCUAGCCUCUAUCUUCAAGCGGCCCCUGACUCAUUCUGUGCCCUCCGGGCUGUGGAUAAGAGCGUCCUUCUACUGAAAUCGGAACAACAGCUGUCAGCUGAAAGUGUGUAUAACAUGGUUCCAAGUAUAGAGCUGUAUGGUUAUUUCUACCGUGGCCUCCAUCUUGAUGAUAGCAAGGAAGACCCUUGCAUUCCUCAGAGAGAUAUGUUCUACAAUGGUUUAUAUUACACGCCUGUAAGCAACUAUGGGGAUGGAGACAUCUAUAAUAUUGUCAUGAACAUGGGUCUGAAAGUCUUUACCAAUCUCCAUUACCGAAAACCAGAAGUAUGUGUGAUGGAGAGAGGGCGUUCACUCUCUAAGCCGCUUUAUGUAGGAACAGAACAUUAUGGUCUGAUGCUUAACGCUCCAUCUAGAAUUGCAUGUAGAGAGGAGGAUGCUGACUAUGUAGAACAGGCUAUAAUUCAAACAGUAAGAACAAACUUUCCAGAGACAUGGAUAUGGGACCUCGUCAGUGUCGAUUCCUCAGGCUCUGCCAAUCUUUCGUUCCUCAUUCCUGAUACGAUAACCCAAUGGGAGGCAAGUGGCUUUUGUGUGAAUGGCGACGUUGGAUUUGGUGUAUCCUCUACAACCACUCUAGAGGUCUCCCAACCUUUCUUUAUUGAAAUUGCCUCUCCCUUUUCGGUUGUUCAAAAUGAACAAUUUGAUUUGAUUGUCAAUGUCUUCAACUACCUGGAUACAUGUGUAGAGAUUUCUGUUCAAGUGGAGGAGUCUCAGAAUUAUGAAGCAAAUAUUAACACCCUGAAAAUCAAUGGCAGUGAGAUUAUCCAAACUGGAGGGAGGAAAACAAAUGUCUGGACUAUUAUACCUAAGAAAUUGGGUAAAGUGAAUAUCACUGUAGUUGCCGAGGCCAAACAAAGCAAUGCUUGCCCAAAUGAAGGAAUGGAGCGGCAAAAGCUAAACUGGAAAGACACUGUGGUCAAAAGCUUCUUGGUAGAGCCUGAAGGUAUUGAAAAGGAAAGGACCCAGAGUUUCCUUAUCUGUACAGAAGGUGCCAAAGCCUCCAAGCAGGGAGUUUUGGACUUGCCAAACGAUGUAGUAGAAGGUUCAGCCAGAGGCUUUUUCACUGUUGUGGGGGAUAUUCUAGGACUUGCCAUGCAGAAUCUGGUUGUUCUGCAAAUGCCCUAUGGAAGUGGAGAGCAGAAUGCUGCCCUGCUGGCAUCUGAUACUUACGUUCUUGACUAUCUGAAAUCUACUGAGCAACUGACAGAGGAAGUUCAAUCUAAGGCUUUCUUUCUCUUGUCUAACGGUUAUCAAAGGCAGUUAUCUUUCAAGAACUCUGAUGGUUCAUAUAGUGUGUUUUGGCAGCAGAAUCAAAAAGGAAGCAUAUGGCUCAGUGCUCUUACUUUUAAGACAUUGGAGAGAAUGAAAAAUUAUGUAUUCAUUGAUGAAAAUGUUCAGAAACAGACCUUAAUCUGGCUUUCAAGCCAGCAGAAAAUGAACGGCUGCUUUAAGAAUGAUGGCCAGCUUUUCAACCAUGCCUGGGAGGGUGGAGAUGAAGAGGACAUUUCACUCACUGCAUAUGUUGUUGGGAUGUUCUUUGAAGCUGGGCUCAAUUUCACUUUUCCUGCUCUACGAAGCGCACUCUUUUGCCUUGAAGAGGCAUUGGACAGUGGUGUCACUAAUGGCUACAAUCAUGCGAUUCUAGCUUACACUUUUGCCUUAGCUGGAGAAGAGCAGAAAGUGGAAUCUUUACUCCAGACCCUGGAUCAAUCUGCCACAAAAAUAAAUAAUGUCAUCUACUGGGAAAGAGAAAGGAAACCCCAGACCGAAGAAUUUCCAUCCUUUACUCCCUGGGCACCUUCUGCUGAGACUGAGAAGACUUGCUAUGUGCUGUUGGCUGUCAUUUCCCGGAAAAUUCCUGACCUCACCUAUGCCAGUAAGAUUGUGCAGUGGCUUGCCCAACAGAUGAAUUCCCAUGGAGGCUUUUCUUCUACCCAGGCAACUCCAGUUUGUCUUCUUGCCAUAACCUGUUACAUGAAGUUAACCUUCUCUAAGAAUCAAAACACCGUUACCUUUAGCAGUGAAGGAUCCAGUAAGACUUUCCAGGUUAACAGUGAUAACCGCCUACUGGUCCAACAUUCAGAACUAACAAAGGCACCUGGAGAAUACACAGUAGAUGUGGAAGGACACGGUUGUACAUUUAUCCAGGCCACGCUUAAGUACAAUGUUCUCCUACCUAAGAAGGCAUCUGGAUUUUCUCUUUCCUUGGAAAUAGUAAAGAACUCUUCUGAUAUCUUCCAGACUAUUUUUGAGCUCACAGUGACCCUCAAAUAUACUGGAAUUCACAAUAAAUCCAGUAUUGUGGUUACAGAUGUAAAAAUGCUAUCAGGAUUUACUCCAGCCAUGUCUUCCAUUGAAGAGCUUGAAAACAAGGGCCAAGUGAUGAAGACUGAAGUCAAGAAUGGCCAUGUUCUUUUCUAUUUGGAAAAUGUUUUUGGUACAGCCUACAGUUUCACUUUUUCUGUUGAGCAGAGCAACCUUGUGUUCAACAUUCAGCCAGCCCCGGUCAUGGUCUACGAUUAUUAUGAAAAAGAAGAAUAUGCCCUUGCUUUUUACAACAUCGACAGUAGUUCAGUUUCCGAGUGAGACAAAGCAAUUACUGGAAGAGGUAAAGAAAUUUUAUUACAUCAUAAACCAUUGAAAACACAUCUAAGAAGAAAAUGAAAACCUAAAUAAGAUAGAACAAUGGUUGAAGAAAGACAAGUGUUUGGUACUUCAUUAGAAUUGUGUAACUGUGUACUACAUGAGUAUUCUGAUAGUCGUUAAGAUUGUAUUAAUUUCUUUAAAAAUAGCUUUACAGAAUUCACAGCUAUAUACGUACCUUUUAUAAAUCUCUCAUUUUUGUUUUGUAAGUUGACAGGUCAGUAAAAAUUUAGGCACAUGUAUUUGUACAUAUGCAUGUAUACGUAUGAGACAUGUCUAUGUGCCUAUAUAUGCAUGUUUUUAUAUCUAAAUAUUUAUAUAUACAUACAAACAUGUGUUUAUUGUUUAAACAAUGUUUUAAAUACCAGGUGGAAAAGCAUUUCUUUUAACAAACUGAUUCUUCUGUAUCAAACCUGGAAAAAUUUCAUGAACCAUCUGGCAUCCUGAACAGUCCACAAUCUGCUCUGGCUUCUUAUCAGGUUUUAUUUCCUUGUCAUCCCAUUAAAUGUUGUCAUUUUG